AUGCAACAGUUUUUAUUCGUAAUUUUUCUUAGUAUAUCACUUAUUCAAACACUUGAUUAUAAUAUUGAUAAUCAACAAGUAUGUACACAUAAACCAUUUAUGGUUAAUUUUCAACAUUAUUGUUCUCGUACACGAUUGAUUCAAGAUGUUAAUAUUCCUAAUAGUGAUCAAAUUUUACAUAUAUCUAUUAUUUUUAAAUCAAUAUCAAGUAACAGAACAUCAUUAAAUAUUAUUAAAUCAUCACAAUACAAACAAAAAAUUUAUUUUACAUUUUUUACAAUUUUUGGACGAUUUAUGUAUAUAAAUAAUAACACAAUAAUACCAUUAAAUGAUAGAACAAUAAGUUCAUAUUUAUAUAAUACAUCCUCAGAAGAAUUUACUCAAUGGACUAAUUCAGUUCUUAUUCCAUUAACACCUUAUUUAAGUGAUCCUUUUUGUUUUUUAAAACAACAAAAUUUUCUUCCAUUGGAAAAUAUUUCUCGUAUUUAUUAUUUAUAUACAAAUGAAACAAAUCUUAAUAUAGAUUUAUCAAUGUCGAGUUAUCUAAUUUCACCAUUAUUUUUUUAUACGUGUUUUAGUGUAGAAACACGUGUUAGCACAGCUGGAAUAAUUCUUAUUGUUAGUAUUAGUGUUUUAGGUCUUAUUACAACAGUUCUUAUUGGUAUUUGUCUAAGGAAACAACUCACUCAAUUGUAUCAUAUUUUAGAGAAUUGGAUAAAGCAAAAACGUGGUUUGAUACCCUCAAUUACUAUUCAUGGUAAGCCUUCAUCAUAA